AUGAUGAACGUCUUCCAGAAUCACCGCAGGUAAGUGUAAAUUAUUGUUUUGCAUUGUUCUUAGGACAUUCUUCGAGGAGUUGAUCAAUUUUUUGGAAGUUUCUAACCAAUGGACUGUAUAAUAUAAGGAUUUUUUGAUUGAAAAUUUGUGUUUUUGCUAGGACAUUUGCAAAUUUAGGUAGUAUUCGGACUGCAGGAGAAGUUCUGAUGUGCUUUUGAGAUUGUUUUUGGUUUUAGAUACCGUACUGUACAUGAAAUUACAGUAGACCAACAAUUUGCAAAAGCGAAAAAUUAUACCUUCUAAUGUCUCUGAACAAACACUGAGAGUUUUUUUUUGUGUUUUACACCCUAGAUUAUCAUUUUUAGUCCCUCACAUUCCAGUCAUCUUGUGCCUUCCACCUUCACCGCCCCAGUUCAGAAGUCAAAUUUUGAUGUCUUCGAUAAACUCAUGGCUCAACAGCCGAAAGGGUACGUCUAGUUUCCCUCUGCUGUAUUUACGAUCGCUUUUAGACUACAUAUUAUUACGAAAAAAUUGCUUUUAGGAUCAAAUUGAUGAUCAAGCCUCUUUCCAUUCCCUUGGUCCCGCCGGAGCUUCCCGAAACCCUGGUUUACUCCCCAAAGGUCUUUCUUGGCGGAUUGCCGGUUGAGUUCUCGAGUGCUCAGCUGUAUCGGGCUGUUCGGGGAUACGGCGAUGUCGAGAUUAUAUGGCCAAGUAUGGCGGGAGGUGAGUUUUUUUUUUGAUUUUUUUGGCUUUUAGAUGAAUUUUGUUGAUUGCGAUUAAAAAGAAGAUGAUUUAUGUGACUCUCGUGACGUAAUAUGUUUUUUAAUGCAAUUUCAUAAUUUUUGAAUCUAGUUCAAACUUGUUUUUGACAAAUUUUAUAUUCAUCAUCGUCAUGAUGAAUAUAAAAUUUGUAAAAAAUUUUGAAUUUUGUCCCUUUUCACUUUAGCCCUGCAAUUUUUGGUCUCCCAAAUUCUUGCUUAACCCCUUACUCGACCUUUUUGGUACCUUAAAACCUUGAUUUAUCAAUAAGUUUCCUUAAAAUUUCCCUUUUUCAGCCAGAAGCGGAGGAGGUUAUUGCUUCCUCAUUUUCUCGUCUGACGCCUCUGUGAACGCGUUGAUCAAGGAUUGUCGAGUCAACGACGAUGGUUACUUCAAGAGUUUCCGCUUGGAACACAAUCGUUAUGCUCAAGUUCAAGUCCGGCCCUGGCUUUUGGCCGACGGAGAUUACGUCCCCGAUCCGAACGUCAAAAUCGAUUCCAGAUUGAUUGUGUUCGUUGGUGGUGUACCGAGAACUGUUAGAGCGGGUGAGUUGCGGGAGGAUGAGGGGUAAAAAUUGAAGGGAAUGAAAUUUUUCGUAAGAUUUUUGGACUGUUUUAGGCUAGAUUUGAUGAUUUUUUGAAAAUUUUUACAACUUUUGAAAAAUUACCGAUUUGGAAAAGGUCUAAUGGACCCCUGAGGCCUUCUUGAGCCCUAUAGUUUAUUUAGAGCGCAAGUGAUUUGUUAUAAAGGAAAAAUUUUUGACGAUAUUUGCGAAUUUUCAUGAUUUUUGCCUAAAAUAAGGUAAUUUGAUGGAUUUUUGAAAUUUUUUUUGCUUCUUCGCCCAACUCAAAGCCUCCUAAUUUAGUAAUUGAGCCAUAUUACACCUAAAAAAAGUGAAGAUCCAAAAAAAUUUCAGUUGACAUUGCCCUUGCCAUGUCCAAAUUUGGAGCCGUCGCCUACGCCGGAAUUGACAUGGAUGCCGAACACUCCUACCCAAAAGGCGCAGCUCGCAUCGCGUUCGUCUCUCCGAAGGCCUACAUCAAUGCCAUGUGCUCGAAAACCGUAACGAUCCAGGUGAAAGGCGAAAACAAGACGCUCCAAUUGAAGCCGUACUUGAUCGAGGACGCGGAAUGUGAAGAGUGCACCGGAGAACUGCCGAUUCCGAAGCCGGGAAGGUACUUCUGCGCCGAAGUUUCCUGCCUGAGCUACUAUUGCCACAGUUGUUGGAAUACGGUGCAUUUCGAGAAGACUGUGGUGGAUCGCAGACAACAUACGGCCUAUGUGAGAGUCGGCGAUUUGGUGAAGGUGGGUUUGGAGGGUGGGAAAUUUGAUGGAAAGAUCUAAAUACUGAAAAAUUUGAAUUUAUUUUUUCAACUUUUCAGAGCAUCCGUGUCGACAAGAACCGUGAUUUUGAUGAGCGUUUCUAA